AUGCAAGCGUCCGAUCCCAAUGUAUCCCUCAUCUAUGACCGCCAGUUACAUGGAUCCCCUAAACCCACCGCCCGCGAAAUGGAGAGCCUCAGCUGGGAGGCCCAUUGUCUCUGGUCUAUGUGGCCCUUCCGCCGUCUAAUCGACAACAUCUUGUUCUUCCAACAUCACCCCUCUAUUCCCAACCGUCUAGUGGUCCCUCGCACUCUUAGGCCCCAAGUCAUCCGUGCUACCCAUGAAGAACUGGCACAUUGCGGCCAAGCCAAGACACUCGCCGCGGUUCGUCAACGAUAUUGGUGGCCCGAUCAGCGACGCGACGUAGUUUCUGUCUGUCAGACGUGUCAAACUUGCGCUCAAAUCAAGGACCCUGUAGUUCGUCCCCGAGCACCACUGGAACCAAUGUCGGCAGGCUUCCCCAACCACCGCAUCGGCUUAGACAUCAUCGGACCUUUAUUUCAGACUAAGAAAGGCAAUCGCUUCAUUUUGGUUAUCGUCGACUAUUUCACGAAAUGGUGCGAAGCCAUCCCACUCCCAAACUCGGAAAGUUUAACUGUAGCAGCGGCUCUAGUCGAUCACUGGAUCGCUCGCUAUGGGUCCCCCUACAUCAUCCACACGGAUCAAGGAACAGCCUUCGAAAACUACCUAUUCCGUGCCCUAUGUCACCUCCUCGGCAUAGUCAAAACGCGCUCCUCACCUUUCCACCCAGCCGGGAACGGUCAGACGGAACGCACGAACAAGACUCUCGUGGCGUUCCUCCGUAGCAUGGUUGAUCAGUCCCGUGCAGAUUCCUGGGACGAUCUUCUUCCCCGAUGCCUUUUGGCCUACCGCGCCACCAUUCACUCCUCCACUUCAUUUAGCCCCCACAUGAUGCUUUUCGGACGCGACCUGCGCCUCCCGUCUGACGUAACUAUCCCACACGGCACCCCGGAAAUGGCACAACCACACCGGUAUCUCGAGCAGCUCAUUGACUCCCUACAAACCAUUCACUCCACAACCAGAACGAAGCUUCAGGCUGCACACUCCCACCAGAAGGAUUAUUAUGACCAUCUGGCACACGGAACUCAAUACGAUCCCGGCGACCGUGUUUGGUUGCACAACGACCGACCCCCCGCCGGGUAUGCCAGUAAGUUUCAUCGUCAGUGGUCUGGACCCUAUAUCGUCCUUCGACCGCUCUCAAAUUCUGUCUGCCGCAUUCGCCUAGAAUCUGAUCCCUUCGGCCGGAUUAUCCAGGUGCAUUUCAAUCGGCUCAAACCAUGUUUAUCAGAGUAUCAACCCUCCCAACACCCCGUUCCAUCGACCUCCCACGCGACCACAUCCCUCACCACCCUUUACAAUCCACCAGCACCCCGCAACGUCAUUCUUCGUACAACUCGCGCUGAGGACAGCGCUCAAUCCUGAUGGGGGGCAGUGUCACGAACCUACCCAGUCAACGGUACCUUUUUGCUACUCAAUUCUUUUAUUUCCUUUUUCAGGGCCACGUUCAACGCCCACAAACAACCAGAACAACCACCAGGGUCCCGCUAAUGACCAAUUUGUCUAAUGUCUCCCCUCGUUUAUGCAGCCGGCUGCGUUCCCCCCUUUCGUAAUCUCAUUGUUAGGAUUUAAACUACUCUUAUCCGUUUUCUCCCCCCGCUUCCGUACCCCUUUAUUAUCUAACCCGUUAUUAUAAUAGCAUCCCAUUCAGACUAUAUUCUUCUAAUGUUUGAUGUGUGGCGUCUGCAUGCCGAUCACUGAGGUACUAAUACUCAGUCCCCCGUAGGUUGGACGUUUGGGACAACGGAUACUGGAUUAUGAGACCUGCUUAGUGAGGCAAACCAGUUAGAGGAAUCGAAAAACAGCAGGUAACACUGCUGUUUCCGUUGCUUUUUAACGUUCCCAACACCUAACACUUAAGCAGGUUUUUUACUGGGCAAAUCAUACAUUAGAUGUUUUAAGGUGUAUGAAUUUCUUGCGGAAUUCGACCGAACCUUUCAUUUGGCUGAUUUGAGCGCCAUAGAGCCAAACGUCCAUAGAAUAUAUUACAGCCACCAGUCAGCGUGAAGUUUGCAUCAUGGCAGAAAAUAUGGUUUUGGAUAGUCCCUGGUUUGUCCAGAAGCGCUUGAAGAUUCGACGAAAUCCUGAGAACUUUUAGUAAACGAUUCAGUAUCCAAAAACCUCUUCUAUGAUAGCAUUUAUGUUCUUCGACACUAUUAGUUAUCCUUAUUUUGACUGCCCCUACCAUUUUGCUUAAUGUGCACUUAUCCAGGAUAAUCCGUUCGGUCACGUUUAGGUAAGCAAAACCUCAGACCAGUUCAACCUUUGAACACGAGGUGUUUGUUUAAAUCAAUCAAUUGUUUCCCUACUCCUAGCCGGGCGUAUUGUAGUUAAGUGAGUGCGUAAUGAUGUCGUCUGCCACCCUUUUUAUGCCAUGCGUGUUUAGCGGCCGUUCUUCAAAUAUUGUUCUUAUUUACUCGUUUAUAUUCGGAGACCUUUUUGAUUUAUGUGGCACGCAGUCGUGCGUUUCUCCGCCGAAGUUUUCAGCGUCCGGUAUACUGCAUGUGCUGUUGAUUGGACACAGGUGCCCUAGGCCAUUGAAUAUGUAGAAAAAUACACGUUUGCGGGAAAACAGCAUAUAAUUAAGCAUAUCAUAAAUGGGGCCCAAAGGAUGACUGGGCAGAGAAAGAUGAUUCAGCGGUUUUCCGUCCUGAUAGCAUUUUGGCGCCCGGGGCUAGACAUCUGCCAAUCGCUUUGAUUUGCGGGCUAAUCUAGAGCCAGUAAUCUAAUUGACCGAUGGUGCUUAGUUUUCGCGGGAAAAUGAUCCUCACUGCCAUUCCCCCUCCCCGACGCUUACCCCCAUGCAUUUUUGCACUUUUUUUCAAUGAUACCGUCUCGUCAACCAGCCUAUAUCUUCGUGAUUAAUGAAGUGCUUACUUUUCGCGAUAUUUGAUUUCUUAUACGCGGCCUUGUCUUUUCUGAAUGACGAGAUUCGCGUUCUUAGUAUUAACCACUAUUAUAUACUUUGAGGGCCUUGUUCAGUGUGUUAAUGUCCACCUAGAUGCCAUAGUGUAGGGACGCUUAUUCUCGACUGACCGCACCCGUAUUGCAAGACUAGUGUCUGUUGGCUUUCGCAUCAUACGAACUGGACGACAUAAAGCUGUGUUGACGAUCUCCCAUAACUUAUUCUUCUGUCGAAUUCACCCUUUCUGCCUAUGAAUAAUCACUGUCCAUCUUCUCCCCUUUCUCCUCAUAGUCUUAAGGAGUUUCAAACUAACUAGUUUAUAGCCAAAAGACAUCGCAGCUGGUCGGAAUUUCUUCCCUAUUUACUACGCAGCAGACGAUCUUUCUGCAAGCAUGAUCUUCGUCCUGAUACUAUAUCUCUUGUUCCCUUUUAAAGGCCGAUUUCAGUUCUUAAUUGAUUGCUGUGCGCGCCAUCAUUAUCAGAUGGGUCCACAUCCAAGCGUCCCCCUUUUUGUCUUUGAAGGAAAACUAAUCUGCCUUUAUUGAACUGAGUCUGCAUGUUAGAAACAACGGGGUCUUUGGUGGAACCAAUUCUUCGCGGUACAUGUUAGCGUUGGCUAUUAAGGCAAAGUGUCCUCCGUCUUUUGUCAUUUAAGGUGUUAAAAUACCGCCUUUUGAAAAACGAUCACGGGGAUAAUCUCGCUUCUAAAUCAUUAAUAAUCCAGGUCUGCCUAUUAAGAGUAAAUGGAGAACCGUUGUGCGACGAGUCUUCUGCCCACUACCAUCACUUCUCCGUCAUAGCCUAUGAGUGAUUAUGUGUUAGACAAGGAUAUUUAAAAUUAAACUCACUAAGACUUUUUUUGUAAAGGACUCCCAACUUCCGAAUCCGCCCUUUCGUCUUGUAAUCUACAUAGUGUUAUGGCAACUUAAGUAACGCCUGGUCUAGACAAUUUAAGGAGCGCUGUUUAAUGGCAUAUUACGAUUUUUGCCACUCGAGCGAGUCCACGAUGUUUCCAUCAGCAAGCCCAAACUAAGGCUCAGGGUAGUUAAAUAGAAACCUCGAUGUUUUCGGCGCAUGUCAGAUUGGAAGUUUGUCCUGUAAUUCAACUGGCAGUAGCAAGAAUUACGUCUACAUUCACACCGAACCAGCCUUGCUUGUUUAUGCUGCACGGCUUGCACAGGUAUUUUUGACCAAUGUCUUCUAAUCUUUGCGAGCCUGUUGUUGUUUCUGACAACUGCCGGAGCUCCCGUGAGCUUUUUGUGGUAUAGUUGGUUAGUUUAUCGCACUCACUUUCGUUGACAUCAUUUUUCAUUGACCUCAAGCAGAAAACGAUGA